CUUUCUUCUUUUUCCUACAGCCAUGGAAGAGAAAAUAAUCUCUUCAUCCUCCUCCUCAUCACUACUUUCAUUUUCCCAGGAAACUCCAUCUUCAACCCUAAAGCAGAAGCUUCAAUUCCUUGUCAAAAGCCAGCAAGACUCGUGGGCAUACGCUAUACUUUGGCGGACUUCAAACGACGACCAAGGUCGUUUGUUCUUGACUUGGGAAGAUGGUCAUUUUCAAGGAACCAAAGACUCAUCUCCAAAACCAUCGGCGCCCACCAAAGUUUCCGAUGUUCAAGCCUUACAUAAUGAACGAAGAAAGGACAUGAAAGGACUCCAAGGCCUCAUCGGAGACAACCACGACAUCGACUUAUCGUUGAUCGACGACACAGAUAUCACCCAUGCCGAAUGGUACUAUGUGAUGUCUCUCAGUCGAUCUUUUUCGGCCGGCGAUGGGGUUCUCGGCAAGGCUCUUAGCACUGGCUCUUUGGUUUGGUUAACCGGUGCUAUUGAGCUGCAAUUUAAUGAUUGUGAACGAGCUCGAGAAGCACAGUUGCAUGGCAUCGAAACUCUUGUUUGUAUACCGACUUCUUCUGGUGUUCUCGAGCUUGGAUCCUCAGAAAUUAUCAAUGAAAAUUGGGGACUAGUCCAGCAAGUGAAAUCCCUGUUCGGGUCCGAUCAAAAUCCGAAUCCGAAUUCAAAUUUAACCCCGAGUUCUAUCUCAGAGCAUUCAGAUUCCGACUGCCCAUUACGUGCCAAUAAUAAAACAGAUACAGAGAAGAUAACUCCGAAUAAACGUGGAAGAAAACCGAUUCUCGGACGAAAGAAACCGUUGAACCAAGUGGAAGCCGAGAGGCAACGCCGUGAGAAGCUGAACAGUAGGUUUUACGCGCUCCGAGCUGUAGUCCCGAACGUCUCACGCAUGGACAAAGCAUCUCUCUUGUCAGAUGCCGUCUCGUACAUCGGCGAACUAAAGUCGAAAAUCGAGCACUUGGAAUCACGGCUUCAUAAGAACAACAAGAAAGUAAAGGUAGAAAUGUUUUAUUCCAUGGCUAACCAAAGCACCACCUCAUUAGCGGAACAAGCUAGGCCGAGGAAUUCAUCAGCCGUCGCAACAGCUGGGUGGCGUGACCUACAAGUCGAUAUCAAGAUCAUGGGAAACGGUGAUGCGAUGAUUAGGGUUCAAUCGGAGAAUGUGAACUACCCAGCUGCUAGGUUAAUGGGUGCACUUCGUGACUUGGAGUUUCAGGUCCAUCAUGCAAGCUUGUCGUGUGUUAACGAGCUCAUGCUCCAGGAUAUUAUCGUCCAGAUCCCCCAUGGAUUGAGAACUCAAGAGUCACUCAAAGCUGCUAUUCUGCGGACACUAGGGCAUUAA